ACGUCUCCAAAAUCAGCCCGAAUGUUAAACCUGCCACUCUGAUAGACGCAGAGAGCGCGAGGGGACCUUCUGAUGACGAGCCGGGAAUGGAGACGCUCCCGGAGGAAUAACGCGCAGGAAUACCCGGCGGCCGCGUGCGAUGCGCGCUCCUAGUUCCGCUUUUACGCGUCACGGCUUCUGGUUCUUCGCUCCGUCGGCGACCGGGUUCCGCGGCGGAGAGGAAGUCCACCGACAGCCGAGACCCAGGGACGCAGUCGGCGGGUAAAAGCCGAAGGGUCGAGCCGCGCAGCAGAAGCAGGCCUUGUCUUCACUAGAACAUGCACUGAGGAACCAGCGCCCCCCCCAAAUCCACCGUCCCUCUGAAGAGCAGAUCUGAGAUGGCCUCCUCCCCGAGGCUGGACGCUAACCCGUUACCGCUGCUUCAGCUCCAGGAGGUGGACUCCAGCAAGUCCUCGGAGCGGCCCGGCUCCCGCGGACUCCCGCCCGCCGUGUACAGCCCCCCCCUGGGCAUGGACGGCCAAACCGUCUGCAUCCCCUCCCCGUACACGGACAGCGGCCACGAGUACAACCACGGCCACGGCCCUCUGACCUUCUACAACCCGGCCGUGCUGAGCUACGCCCGGCCGCCCGCCACCGACAGCCCGUCGUCUCUGUGCCCCCCCCUCAGCCCGUCGGCCUUCUGGCCCUCCAACGGCCACCCCAACAUGCCCUCAAUGACUCUGCGCUGCCCUCAGCCCCUCCUCUACAGUGAACCCAGCCCACACGCACCAUGGCUGGAGGCCAAACCCCACGGCCUGGCCGGCAGCUCCAUCAUCAGCUGUAACAAGGCGCUGGGGAAGAGAUCCGGGGAAGGAGCGGAAGGCGCGAACUCCUCCUUGUGUUCAUCCGCGUCGGGCAAAGCCGACAUGCACUUCUGCGCCGUGUGCCACGACUACGCCUCGGGCUACCACUACGGCGUGUGGUCCUGCGAGGGCUGCAAGGCCUUCUUCAAGAGGAGCAUCCAAGGACACAACGACUACAUCUGCCCCGCCACCAACCAAUGCACCAUCGACAAGAACCGACGCAAAAGCUGCCAGGCCUGCCGCCUGCGCAAAUGCUACGAAGUGGGCAUGAUGAAGUGCGGUGUACGACGCGAGCGCUGCAGCUACCGAGGGGCCCGACACCGCCGCGGUGGACUCCCGCCUCGGGACCCCUCCGGCAGGGGUUUGGUCCGGGCGGGGCCGGGCGCCCGGGCCCAGCGGCACCUUCACCUGGAGGCCCCGCUCGGCACGCUCAGCCCGCUGCCCCAGGCGCACCACGGCCACCACGGCCACCACUCGGCCAUGAGCCCGGAGGAGUUCAUCUCCCGCAUCAUGGAGGCCGAGCCUCCGGAGAUCUACCUCAUGGAGGACCUGAAGAAGCCCUUCACCCAGGCCAGCAUGAUGAUGUCCCUCACCAACCUGGCCGACAAGGAGCUGGUGCUCAUGAUCAGCUGGGCCAAAAAGAUCCCGGGCUUCGUAGAGCUGAGCCUAGCGGACCAGAUCCACCUGCUCAAGUGCUGCUGGCUGGAGAUCCUGAUGCUGGGGCUGAUCUGGAGGUCGGUGGAUCAUCCCGGAAAGCUCAUCUUCUCUCCGGACUUCAAACUGAACCGGGAGGAGGGACAGUGUGUGGAGGGCAUCAUGGAGAUCUUCGACAUGCUGCUGGCCGCCACCUCGCGCUUCCGCGAGCUGAAGCUUCAGAGGGAGGAGUACGUGUGUCUGAAGGCCAUGAUCCUCCUCAACUCCAAUCUGUGUACGAGCCCCCCUCAGACCGCCGAGGAGAUGGAGAGCCGCAACAAGCUGCUGCGUCUGCUGGACUCGGUGAUCGACGCGCUGGUCUGGGCCAUCUCCAAACUGGGCCUGUCCACCCAGCAGCAGACGCUUCGCCUGGGACACCUCACCAUGCUGCUCUCCCACAUCCGCCACGUCAGUAACAAAGGCAUGGACCACCUGUCCACCAUGAAGAGGAAGAACGUGGUGCUGGUGUACGACCUCCUCCUGGAGAUGCUGGACGCCAACACCACCACGAGCAGCGGCGCCGGCAGCCAGCCGUCGUCCUCGCCGACCUCCGACACUUUCUACGACCACAACCAGUACGGCCCCCCGCCGCCGGCCCACCAGCAGCCCGCCGGCCAGGGCCCGUGUGGACCCCCCGAGAACCCGAUGCUGGACGGACACCUGGAGGCCUCGCCUCCGUUUCGGAGCAACGAUUACAUCCCUCCCGAGCCGUGGUCGCUGCACCCGGGACACGGCUGUCCGACGACGGAUUACAUGAUGGCCAAUCGAGUCGCCGUGGAAACGGCCUUGGAGGGGUGACGGGACUGAAAGAGACUCACUGAGACUGAGCCUUCAAUGGCUUCCAUCCACCCAAAGACGCCCACAGGGAAACAACGGGAAAAGGGUUAAGAAAAGAAAAGCAGGAAACGCUGUUCUGAGGUAGUAAAUUUGUUUCCUCUACUGAGAUGUUUUUAAUCUUUGAAAGAAAAAAAAAAGAAAUGUUUUUUGAUGGAAUGUAUAUUUUGUGUUGGUAACUAUUUCUUGUGAAUGUGCACUUCAGUCCCGCCGGUCCGUCAGAGCUCUUUUUUAAAAUACACAGUAUUCGUACCUCUUCUUCUUCUUCUUCUUCAGCCGUCGAUCCGCAGUGACUCUCAGAAAGGUGCGCGUGCUACACGCAGCGCACACGCAUUCUCCAUAAAACAUACGAGCUUUCUGUCACGCAUGUUCCUCCUCCUCUUCUACCGUGUUCUUUGCUAAUUGGUGCCUGUUCAGUCAGGUUUCUUUUCUACUUUCUUUGUACAAAACUACCAGUUAGAGCGGCAGUUUGUGGCCUUUUUAACGGGACGACUGUUUACGUGAACCUUCUUCUGGGCUCGUCUGGUCAAACUAAGGCUGGAUUUACGCGGCUGCAGGCUCUGAAACGCGCGGCUAAACGUUGUGCUCACAGCAUGAGAAACAUUCUCAUUGGAUAGAAAGUCUUUCAUCCUCGUUUGUCAAAAAGCGUUAACGGUGAACACAUUUAAAGAUUUUAAAGUAUUUAAUUUCUGUCUUUAGAAAGAGUUCGAGCUUAGAAAAACAAAUGAAUUACUUUCUUUUUGCCAAGGCUAGCAUACAACAUAUUAGCUAAAUGUAGCUAUUUAAAGAUACUAACAUGCUUAGUAUCAGCAUGCUUAUUAUAUGCUAAUGCUAAUAAUAGCAAGAAACCGUCCUGUUUAAAUUGCUGCAUGUUUGUACAUAAGAUACAUUUGCAGACUUCCUUAAUGACUUAUAGACUGAACUCGUGUUAGCUCUAACGCUAACAAGCUAACUGUGUUAAUUGCAAAGAAAGCAGAUCAGUAAACGUAUUAACAAUUAGCGCAAUACGUACAUUUUAUUUUUAAUUAGUAGGAUAUUUAUCUUUAACAUCUUUUCAUUUAAAAAACAAAGUCUCACUUUGCAUACUUGAGUAUUGUAGAGCAGCUCAGGCUCACUGGCAUUUAGAGGCAAACCUCUUCCUCAGACGUGAUCAUUCAAGUUAUUCUCUGCAGAUGAUCAUCUGUAACAAAUCUAGAAUUGAGAGAAAGAUGCUUCUGCUGAGCGUUUCCUUCAGUUUCAGCGCCGUUGGCUCUGAAGAAGAGGCCCAAACACGUGAGCGCUGACUGUAAUAUUAGUUUAGUUGGCUCGGUUUCGCUCGUUCGCCUUUUGAAACAAAGAAACCAAACACGCCACAGCGCUUCUUCGCUGUGAUUUAUGCAGCGCCCCGAAGGGGAAGACACACGAAGAAGAAUGUGAGCGUCGGCCCAGAACUUCAGACCUUCUUGGAGCCUCGUGGAUCGGCUCGUUCGCCCCCGCUAACCGCGCCGCCCUUUUGUAGUUACUGCGGGCCACCGAGUUCAGGCGGCUCCGCGUUGAUCCGGCCACGCAAAGUUCUUCAGCAUCUUGGACUCACAAACCCGACGCACCAUUUAGGUCCUUUUUGGACGUCCAGGGGCCACGUCGGUGCCAACGUAAACUCAGCCUUAGUUCCAGAUUCUCUUUCCACUUUGAGACGGAGAGACGUCCACUAUCCUUGUCUGUCCUGAUGUCUGUAGCUUGCACAUGCAUGCACACACACACACACACACACACACACACACACACACACACACACACACACAACCGGUUGUCACGACAGAAUCAAAGGUGAAACAUCCCGAUCAUAAGAGUUCACAAAAUAAAUCCAACUUUAAACACUG